CUCCAGUGGAGCGGCAGCGGAGCAUGCACAGGGCUGGCUCCAGUGCGCCCUGGAGCAGCGGCACUAGUUCGGCUUUUGCCCUUAUUGUGGGCUUGUCAACAUUAGGAGCGGGUGCCUAUUUUUGCAAUGUCAUCAUCUAAGAUGCCCUUCUAGAUCACUGAUGUCUUCAGGUGUUCCUGGCAAAGCUGGCAGCAGCCUUUUGUUAUACUUAAUUGUAGGAGGAACAGUCACUGGGACAGGAGCUUAUGUAUAUAAAACAUUGCGAGAAAACAAAGAGCGAUUCGUCAGCCGGGUGACAACAAUAACUAAGCGAUCUCAGGAAAAGGAAUCCUCUCCUCCUGAUACAGAUGCUGCUGCUCAAGGCAAAGCAGCUCCUGGGGCUCAGCCUGAGGUCCCAUCUCACGUUCCUUUCCUGCUGAUUGGUGGAGGAACUGCUGCUUUUGCUGCUGCCAGAUCCAUUCGGGCUCGUGACCCUGGUGCCCGGGUGCUGAUUGUGUCUGAAGAUCCUGCCCUGCCCUAUAUGCGCCCUCCUCUCUCCAAAGAACUGUGGUUUUCAGAUGAUCCAAAUGUGACAGAGACUCUGCGAUUCAGACAAUGGAAUGGCAAGGAGAGGAGUAUCUAUUUCCAGCCACCAUCAUUCUAUGUGCCUGUCCGUGACCUGCCUUACGUAGAAAAUGGUGGAGUAGCAGUUCUCUGUGGCAAGAAGGUUGUACAUAUGGAUGUUAGAGGCAACACAGUGAAACUCAGUGAUGGUACCCAGAUAUCCUAUGACAAAUGUCUAAUUGCUACUGGUGGUUCCCCAAGGAAUCUUCCUGCCAUUGAAAGAGCAGGAAAAGAUGUACAACAAAGGCUGACGCUGUUCCGAAAGAUUGAGGACUACAAAAAGCUGGAAAAGAUUUCAAGAGAGGUCAAGUCCAUCACAAUCAUUGGUGGUGGCUUUCUUGGCAGUGAGCUGGCCUGUGCACUGGGAAGAAGAGCACGAACCAGAGGCCUGGAGGUGAUUCAGCUGUUUCCAGAGAAUGGCAACAUGGGCAAAGUCUUGCCAGAAUAUCUGAGCAACUGGACCACAGAGAAAGUCAGAAGAGAGGGUGUUAAUGUCAUGCCCAAUGCCGUGGUCAAGUCUGUCUCUGUCUCUGGCAAGCGGCUGGUGAUUAAGCUGAAAGAUGGACGAAAGGUGGAGACAGAUCACAUUGUGGCUGCAGUAGGGCUGGAGCCUAACGUGGAGCUGGCCAAAUCAGCUGGGCUGGAGGUGGACUCUGACUUCGGGGGGUUCAGGGUGAACGCAGAGCUGCAGGCACGCUCCAAUAUCUGGGUGGCAGGGGAUGCUGCCUGCUUCUAUGAUAUCAAACUAGGUAGGAGACGUGUAGAGCACCACGAUCAUGCUGUUGUGAGUGGAAGACUGGCUGGAGAAAACAUGACAGGAGCUGCAAAGCCCUAUUGGCAUCAGUCCAUGUUCUGGAGUGAUCUGGGCCCUAAUGUGGGGUAUGAAGCCAUUGGCCUUGUUGACAGUAGUUUGCCAACAGUAGGAGUCUUUGCUAAAGCAACAGCGAAGGACACACCAAAAAGUGCAACAGAGCAGUCAGGGACGGGUAUUCGAUCAGAGAGUGAGACAGAAGCAGAAGCCUCAGAAGUUCACGUUUCUCCAAGCUCUUCACCAGCGCCUCAAGUUCCAAAACAAGGAGAAGACUAUGGCAAAGGUGUCAUUUUCUACCUCAGGGAUAAAGUUGUGGUUGGAAUCGUAUUGUGGAACAUCUUCAACAGGAUGCCUAUUGCUCGAAAGAUCAUCAAAGAUGGGGAGGAGCACGAUGAUCUCAAUGAAGUAGCAAAGCUUUUCAACAUCCAUGAAGACUAAACUCUGGAAAAGAAACACCACAAUAGGUGUGAGUAGGGCAUUGGAGGCCACUGUCUGCGUGCACCCCUUCACCUAAGACACCCUCCUCUGAGUACAUGAGAAUAUUUCCAGUCAGCUACAGUUCUGAUCUUUGCACCAAUAAAGUCAGACUGUUCUAA